GGUCCCGGGUUCAAAUCCCGGACGAGCCCAAGCACGUAUAUUUUUUUUUUCUUUUUCUUUUUCUUUUUUAUAUCCAAUAAUUCUAACGUAGUUUUUCUUUUGUUCAAAUCGUUAAAUAAUUCGAAUGAAACGAUAUUAGUAUCAUUUGAUGUAAAAUACGUGAUUGAUGGCAACGAUUAUAUUAUGUAGGUUAUUGUAUUUGAAUUGAUGUAUAUUAUACUAGUUUUUGUUGAUAGAACAUGGCGCAGGUUUGGAAUCCGUCAAAGAAACACAGCGAGUUUGCAAGAUGGAUAUGCAUUUAUCCCGUGUAUAUAAAUAGUAAAAAGACUUUGGCUGGUGGUAGAAAAUUGACUAAAAAUAAGUGCGUUGAGAAUCCUACCGCACAUGAAAUUUUGGAUGUACUUCAAGCGACAGGCUUUAAUGCUCGUUUGGAAAAUAAAUUACAUCCACGUGAACGUAGUAAAGAAAUGCCGUAUUAUGGACGUGUACGUGUACAAUUGAAACAAGACGAUGGGACACCAGUAAGGCCUGAUUUUCCUACUAGAGAUUCCCUUCUGCUUCAUCUUGGUGCUACAAUACCAAAGUUGAAGACUCGUCAAGGGAAGCAAGCUUCUGGCGAUCAAUCUUCUCAGUCAUCUGCUUCUUCAUCUAAAAAAGGAAAGGGUAAAGGGAGAAGAUAAUAAAGGGUUGAAAAGAUA